AAACCUAAGCGGUUCGCCUGUGGGCAUACUCCCGUUGUAGCGCAAAACCCCGUCUUCACCGCCUCCGCCUUCGCGUCCGUCUUCGCCUUCGCGUCCGCCUACGCCCUUCGUAGUCUCGUGUUGAAGAGCGAGGGGAUAGGCCAGGAGAAACCCUUCUUCCUCUCGCCCAUCGAGCUUUCGAUUUCCCAAGGACGGCUGUUUUUCAUUGUUCACUCAAAUAUCUGUGGAGAAUGGCCAAUAUUCCACAGUCCUCUGGGGCACAGCCGCUUAGGCCUGCAGUAGUUGGGUCUGCUGGCCCACCUCAAAAUUUUGUUCCCCCUAUGCCUAUGCAGUUUAGAACAAUGGUUCCAACUCCGCAAACACAUCAGUUUGUACCAGCAGCCUCUCAGCAAUUCCGGCCCGUUGCUCAAGGAAUGCCUGGACCAAAUGUUGCCAUGCCUGCUGGUCAAUCUCAAAUGCCUCAUUUUCCUCAAUCAACACAGCAUUUGCCCCCAAUUUCAGGCCAACCAGGUCAAGUGCCGCCUUCAUCACAAGCGAUUCCAUUGCCAUAUGUUCAAGCAAGUCGACCUAUCUCAUCCGGAUCACUGCCACCUCAGCAGAAUGCUCAGGUGCCAAGCAAUUUACCAAAUUUGCCUGGUGUAGGAAUGCCCCUUUCUUCGUCUUAUACGUUUGCAACAUCUUAUGGCCAGGCACCAAAUAGUAUGAAUGCUCCUCCCCAGUAUCAGGUGGCAUCACAGAUGCAAACUCCUGCCCCUUCAGUAACACAACCCUGGUCUACACCUGGGACUCAGAGUAUACCCCAUGUUACACCUGUGAUCCAGAUUGCACAGCAACCAUCAGCUUCUUCUGUCACUGCACCUGCACAAACUACACAACCUAGCUCUACUGAACAGGCUUCUGAUUGGCAAGAGCACACAUCUGCAGAUGGUAGAAGAUAUUAUUAUAAUAAGAAGACUAGGCAAUCUGUCUGGGAGAAGCCACUUGAGUUAAUGACGCCUAUUGAGAGGGCAGACGCAUCGACUGAUUGGAAGGAAUUCACCACUGCAGAUAGUCGGAAAUACUACUAUAACAAGGUCACAAAGCAAUCUAAAUGGACGAUACCUGAUGAGCUCAAGCUAGCCCGGGAACAUGCCGAGAAGGCUGCAAUUCAUUCAGCACCAAAAGAAACAGGGACAGCUGCUACGUCUGUCUUAUCAACUGUUCUUUCUGUUGAAAUGCCUUCUUCCACAAAUGCUCUGUCUCCUGCUGUACAACCGAUGUUUUCUAACCAAAUGCAGAUGCCAGCUAUUUCUGGUAUCCAAUCAACUGUGACAGUUUUGAAACCAACAUCUAUUGCUGUUGGAAUAUCUGCCGGUACCAAUUCUAGUUCUUCUUCAGGAACAGAACCCACUGUUGGUGUGCCAAAUCUUCACACUUUGGUAACUCCUGUAUCUGCUUCUGCUUCUUCAAGUACUGGUUUUCCUUCUGUUGCUGUUGAUGCUACAACCACUGUAAUAAGGAGUAAUCAUGACAACUCAUCCCUGACAAAUAUUUCAAGUGUGCCUGAUGGAACUUCUGCUAACGAUCUGGAGGAAGUCAAAAAGGCUAUGCCGGUUGCUGGGAAAAUUAGUGUUACUGCAGUAGAAGAGAAAACGGUUGAUGAAGAACCAUUGGUUUAUGCUAAUAAGCUGGAGGCAAAAAAUGCUUUUAAGUCUUUACUGGAAUCUUCCAAUGUUGAGUCUGAUUGGACUUGGGAGCAGACAAUGAGGGUUAUCAUCAAUGAUAAAAGGUAUGGUGCCUUGAAAACACUUGGAGAAAGAAAACAGGCUUUUAAUGAGUACCUGGGCCAAAGGAAAAAACAAGAAGCUGAGGAGAGACGUAUUAAACAGAAGAAAGCACGGGAAGACUUUACUAGAAUGUUAGAAGAAUGCAAGGAACUCACAUCGACAACUAGAUGGAGUAAAGCUAUAACCAUGUUCGAGGAUGAUGAACGAUUCAGUGCUGUUGAACGGCCAAGAGAGCGCGAGGAUCUUUUUGAAAGUUAUUUAGUGGAGCUGCAGAAGAAGGAACGAGCAAAGGCUGCUGAGGAUCAUAAAAAAUACAUUUUGGAAUAUAGAGCUUUUCUUGAAUCCUGUGACUUCAUCAAGGCAAACAGUCAAUGGAGAAAAGUCCAAGAUCGUCUGGAGGAUGAUGAAAGAUGUUCUCGACUUGAAAAGAUUGACCGAUUGGAGAUUUUCCAGGAAUAUAUUCAUGAUUUAGAGAAAGAAGAGGAGGAACAGAGGAAGAUACAAAAGGAACAAUUACGACGUGCAGAGCGUAAAAAUCGUGAUGAGUUCCGUAAGUUGAUGGAGGAACAUGUUGCUGAAGGAAUUCUUACAGCUAAAACUCACUGGCGUGAUUAUUGCAUCCAGGUCAAAGAUUUGCCACCUUACUUAGCAGUAGCAUCAAACGCAUCAGGUUCAACACCCAAAGAUCUCUUUGAAGAUGUUGCUGAGGAACUUCAGAAGCAGUACCAUGAAGACAAGACUCAAAUUAAAGAUGCCAUGAAGAUUGGAAAAAUUAGUUUGGCUUCAUCAUGGACAUUUGAGGACUUCAAAGCUUCUGUUGCAGGUAUUGAUAGCCUGAAAGGAAUAUCUGAGAUAAACUUGAAGCUUGUGUUUGAUGAGUUACUGGAAAGGCUUCGUGAGAAGGAAGAAAAAGAGGCUAAAAAGCGCCAACGUCUUGCAGAUAAUUUCUCUGAUUUGUUGUACUCGAUUAAGGAAAUAACUGCAUCAUCAAAGUGGGAGGAGUGCAAACUACUCUUUGAAGACAGCCAAGAGUAUAGGUCGAUUGAUGAUGACACUUUCGGAAAAGAGAUUUUUGAGGGCUAUGUUGCUCAUUUGCAAGAGAAAUUGAAAGAAAAAGAACGCAAGAGGGAAGAAGAAAAGGCAAAAAAAGAGAAAGAAAGAGAAGAUAAAGAGAAAAGGAAGGAGAAAGAGAGAAAGGAAAAAGAGAGAGAACGUGAAAAAGAAAAGGGGAAGGAUCGAGUAAGAAAGGAUGAAACUGAGAGUGAUAAUGUUGAUCUGAUCGAUGGCCAUGUUUCGAAGGACAGGAAGCGAGACAAGGAUAAAGAAAGGAAACACCGGAAACGUCAUCAUAGCACAGCAGAUGACUUAAGCUCCGAUAAGGAUGAGAAAGAGGAGUCUAAGAAGUCCAGGAGACAUAGUGGUGAUCGCAAGAAAUCUAGAAAGCAUGCUUAUGCUUCUGAUUCUGAUGCUGAAAAUCGGCACAAGAGGCAUAAGAGAGAUAGAGAUGGAUCUCGGAGAAAUGGUGGUUACGAGGAACUUGAAGAUGGAGAACUUGGAGAGGAUGGGGAAAUCCGUUAGUCCUUUUUAGCUUAUUGCUCUUAGAUUUGAGGAUGUGGAAAUCUGUUAGUCCUUUAAGAUUGUAGCUUCUUGACAAUUCAUGCUUAGUAAAUGUUACCAACAGCCAAAUUUUGCUGAUACAAUGCUGCAAUUUAGUGUUUGACAUUGUGCAAAAGCUAGUUUUUUUUUUGUUA